AUGAGGAAAAGGAGAGUUGGAGAGGCAGUGUGGUCCAGUGGAAGGAGGCCAGUUUUGGGGGCCAAAAGACCCGGGUUCAAAUCCCACUUGUUAGGAGAUGUAGGAGGAAGAGGAGGAGGAGGAGGAGAAGGAGGUGGUGCCGUACGGGAGCCCUCAGCCCUGCCCGGGGAGCCUUUGUCCUCCCUCACUCUCGCCGUCUAUGCUCAUAUUUGGAGUUGGCUGCUCUUGCCCAGGAAUUUCCCGUCAUGCCUCCCGACGCCCUGUCGCCCGCAGCCGGGGAGGGACAGACAGCGGGGAGCCCGGCCAAGGCCACGGCGGCGGCCUCCCUCUGCCCCGUCAGUCUGUCCAUCUGUCAGUCCGCCCGCCGGUCAGUCCGUCCGCCGGUCAGUCCGUCCAUGCGCCCGCCGCCGCGCGCCCUGCUGCUCUGCCUCCAGCUUUGCCUUUGCCUGGCCGCGGCGGCCGCCCAACAACGGGCUCUUGCGCCUGUUCUUUGCCUCUCGUUUUGUUGGUGAAGAUAGCACAGUGAUGUCUGCAUUCAACCUGCUGCAUCUGGUGACAAAGAGCCAGCCAGUGGCCCAGCGAGCCUGUGGGCUUCCCUCAGGGUCAUGUAGGGAUAGAAAGAACUGUAAGGUGGUCUUUUCCCAGCAGGAACUGAGGAAGCGACUGACACCCCUGCAGUACCAUGUCACUCAGGAGAAAGGAACUGAGAGUGCCUUUGAGGGAAAAUAUACAAGUCAUAAAGAUCAUGGAAUGUACCAAUGUGUUGUGUGUGGGACGCCUUUAUUCAAUUCAGAAACCAAAUAUGACUCUGGUUCAGGUUGGCCCUCAUUCCAUGAUGUGAUAAGUUCCGAUGCAAUUACAUUCACUGAUGACUUUUCCCACGGGAUGCACAGGGUCGAAACAAGCUGCUCUCAGUGUGGUGCUCACCUUGGGCAUGUUUUUGAUGAUGGGCCUCGACCAACCGGCAAAAGAUACUGCAUAAAUUCUGCUUCCUUGUCUUUCACACCUGCAGAGAAUGGUAACACCGAAGACAACAGUCUCAGCUUCCCUUCCCAGGCUGACAAAAUGGAGCUGUAGAAUCAGAUUCCUUAUGAGACAACGAUCUUACCAAUUAGUAGGGGAAAAAAAAAACCAAAAUCGUGGUCUACUAUCUUAUCCCAUAUGUGCAUAUAUAUUUUUCAAAAAUAGAAGGGCAGUUUGUGUUCUUGAUUUUUUUUCUUCCUCCUCUUCCUUUUUGCUUAAACAGAGAGGCCUUAGCCAGAGUGUAUUUUGCUAUUGAUUAUAUUCUUAACUCUUUGUAUGUAGACUUGGCAAAAAGAGAUAGUUUUGAGAAUGCCUUAUCACUAGAUAUUUGAGUACCAAGCUGCAAUACUUUCUUAAAAGUGGAUUUAAAGACUCUCUCUUGCAUCAGAAGGAAAGGGCGAUUUGGCCUCCUGACUCCAAAUUAGAGCACUCCAUUGUCAAUGCCACUUGAAGAGAACUGAGCCUGGGUAGUGAGUUCAGACCUGCAAGACAGAUGGCCGUAGGGCAUUUGUAUAGAUCUAUUGAAGAUAAGGAUGGAGUGAUGCCUUACCAUACUUGAAGGCUUUGUGGAAAGUUUGAGCUAAGGCAGUUUAUUCCCACUAAAAGGGUGUGAAGGUCUAAAGUCUUUCCUUAUGUUAAAUUGCUGCCAGAUCUGAGGGGGUACAGGGAGUGUUGUGGAAGGGGGAAGUAAACAUUACCUCACUUUCAUGCCUUUAUUGUAUUUUAGUUUCCAUUGAAAACAUUGGAAUGCAAGACAAAUGUAAGACUUUGGGCUCCAUUUUGCUCAAGGUUCACCCUGGGGAACACCUGCCAUGGCCUUUUCAGAAAUCCGCCCUUCCACACCCAACACCAGCUGCAACUGAGGCAAUAGUUUGGGAAAUUUGAACUUCUUAAAUUAAAAUAUUGGGAAUGGGAAGCUUCAAACCAAAGUAGGGGACGUGGUGGAAAAAAUGAGAUGACCAAAGGAGAUUAAACGAAGGACUGGAAUUGUUACAUGGCAGACCACUCUUGGACAGGCAGGACAUGGAACAACUCAACAGGCCCCUAAAGGUGUGCUACCUUAUAAGAGGGUGCAAAGCCAUUCUAGAAAUGUGGAGAUUGGAUUUGUAGGAUUAAAGCAGGGAGGCAGGAAUUAGGUGUUCUGGGUUCCAAUCUCAUGCUUGCCUUGGUCUGCUAUGUUAAACAUGACCCUAUCUAUGUCUGCAUCCCCACAGGUGAAAUGGCAUUUGUAAAGUACAUUGAAAUCCUCAGGGCAAAAGCACUAUUAUUGCUGUGUAAUUAAUAUGAAUAACAAUAAUAAUACUAGCUAGCAAUUGUGUAGUGCUUUCAGGCUUGCAAAGUGCUUUACAUAUGUUAACUCAUUUGACUAUCACAACAACCCUGGGAGGUAGGUGCUAUUAUUGACCCCAUUUUACAGAUGAGGAAACUUGAGGCAAAGAAGGGUUAAGUGACUUGCCAGGGUCACACAGUUAGUAAAUAUCUGAGGCAGGAUUCAUACUCAGGUCUUCUCUGAUUCCAGAUCCAUCACUCAACAUACCACACCAACUAGCUGCCUCUAAGUAUUAGUACUUUCUAUUAAAUACUACUAAAAUAUUAGUAUUUUCUAUUUUCAAACCAAAUUUUUUUUCUGGUCCUAAAAGCCUCAAAGGUUUCAGGCCUGGCAAUUGAAAUGGAAAGGAAUAGAGAGCAGGUUCACCCUGGAGGUAGGCAUGGAAAUAAUGGGCCUGCCAGUCAGAAAUUUUUCUUUGUAGCCAUAGGGGCUGGUUUUAUUCUUGCACAUUUGUGUUUUAAUAUUUAGUCAGAUUGGAGACACACAUUGUUGUGCACAAUAAAGUUGGAGCAGGAUGCAAGAUGGAGCGAUGUCACCUGGUGGUUCAGUGGCCUGGAACCUUUGCCAACCAAUACCAGAUCUAAUUUGUACCAAUUAGUGGUUAAUAACGGAAAUGACAGCUUGAAGCCUGAGUUCUAAAAAGCAACUCCUUUUUAUAAGUAAUUAAAAAGGGGGAAAUGGAGAAGAACUCAUGGAAAGUACCGUAUUGCCUCUUGAAGACUAAAUCAAAGAUUUAGAUUUGGAACACUGGAAAAAGAAAAGAAGUGACUAAAACAGAAGAAUAUUUGAAUGCCAAUGUUGACUGCAUUUGUGAUCUGAAUCCCUAUGAUGUAUCCUAGGUCCCUAAAAUCCUGUUGCCUUUUUAUUGCAAAAUGGGCUAUGUCUAAAUGAGUUUGAGUAUCUCCCUGUCAACCCUGUGGCUGGCCAUCUCCUUGUGCUCUAAAAUACUCAAGGAUGUCUCUUUCCUCCCUAAAGUAUAAAUCAGGACUAAGAUAGACCUAUCUAUAGCUGCCUUACCGCAGCCCCAUUUGAGGAAUCUGCUACAUUUAGGCCUCCUCAGAGAUCUCUUUGGAAGUUGACCAAAGCCUAGGCAGGCACUGGAAGUAUGCCAUAUAUUCAUGAAUUCUCUGCUGGUUCUUGUUCAGGGUGGAGCCCUGGGCGAUGGUUUUCCUUUCCCAUUCCCUUUUUCCUGUGUCCCUAGUUCUAUUAAUCUUAUUUUUGUUUUGAAUUAGUUUUCCUGUUAAUAAACCCUGUUCUGUUUUUGAAAGAGGCUGUUAAUCUCCUUCCUUGCCCCAAUAUUGCAGUGAGUUGCCUAAUUAAUACUCCCUAAUCUAUAGUCUGAAGGAUCCAGAGAAGGCUCAAGGGUCCAGAUAAUUAGAAGUACCAAGUGGCUUGACUAUAAUUGCUGAGUUCUUCAUUGGCCUAGAGAAAAACCUGCCUAGACCUAACUGGACAUUCACCAUGGCACUUCAGUGGAGAAGGGUAAAGAAUUAAGGAAGUCCCUCCUCUCCCUUGGUUUCUUCAUUGCCAUUCUUUCAUCUUUGUCUUUAUGGGGCUUAGCAUUUUCUGGGAAAGGAUUAUUCUUUUCCUUCCUUGAUUUUUUUUUCUUCCAGGAAAUCCCAUUUUUCUCUAAUUGCAUUUUUCAACAUCAAUUUUAAGGAAAAAACCAAUAUCCAUAUUAAAAAAUGGGGUACAUACAUGUUUUAAUUCCAUGUUGCUUUUGGAUUUCUAUUAUCGAAUUUCAGUAUAUUUAUGUCUUAUGUUAAAAAAUAUAUUACUAAACUUCAGUGAGCAAUAAUGUCAGCUGUCAUGCACUAGAUUUAUUUGUGCAUUAUAUGGAGUGCAGUGAACUGAGUCAAUAUGGUGAGGCGCGUGUGAUCUGUGGGAGUUGUAUCAUUUAAAAUAGGAAAUUCAUUGUGCUCUCCUUCCAUGAAUUACAACAUGAUGCAGAGCAAGAUAGAUUUCCUAUCACACUGUUAGAAUAUGUUGGACCCUGCUCAUAUUAAAGAGUACAAACAGUGGUCCGCUUGCAGUCAUGAGAAAGGGACCUUGAGAGAGCAAAGAUAUAAAUACUGCCUUAUGAGAGCAUUUCUAUAUAUUUAACUUUGCACUUCUUUUAUGCUUUUAAAAUUGGAAUCCAAAUGAUGUAGCAGUUUGAGAAUGUAUUUUACAAUAGUCUCCCAUAUUGUUGCUUUAUUGGAAAUGCAUUUCUUUAAACAUGAAUAAUGGGGGAAAAAGGGAUGUAAACUAGAGAAGGGAUUGUAUCUUCAGAUCUUUGUAUCUUCCAGCACCUAGGACAGUGCCUUACACAUAGGAGGCACUCAAUAGUUAUUUGUUGAAUUGAACUUAUUGAAUUGUUGAAUCAAAUAUUUUUGCCUUAAGUAGAUUUGUAAUAAAAUUCCCCAUUCCCCCCAAACACUACAAACUUUUAAAAAAUGUUAUAAAAUGUUCAGUGGACAAAGUUUUUCUUAUGCCUAUUGUAUUAUGAAGAGUUA